UGCCGUCACUUCCUGUAGUCGACCACAGAGAUGCCUGCGUGAGGACGUGAAAGCAGCGGGCCACGUUUCGUUGAAGGAUGUGUUGUUAGUUUUCGGUCGCCGUCUGGGUCGAGGUAACGUUAACAAACCUGUGAUAGACGUUAUAAACCGAUAAGUUCUCCAAAGCGAUCGCAGGAGAGAGACUCGUUUCCUCGGUAACGGCAGUUGAACCGACCCGUUCUCGGGACCCGCCAAAAACCACGCAGAGGUUUCUGCGAGGAAGUGACCAUUUUGUCCGCGAGCUGUUUCCAGUAACGUUUUUUAUUUAAAAUGAGCGGCGGAUUUAACUUCGGGCAGGCCUCCACGGGUUUCUCUUUCGGAGCUCAGAAGGCCACAGCCGCAGUCACCGGCACCGGCACCGGCACCGCGACCGGCUUUGGGAUGCAAAGUUCAACACCUGCAGCUUCCGGAGGGGGCUUCUCCUUCGGCACUGCCCCUCAGGCCGCCCCCAACCCAGCCGGCUCCUUCAGCUUUGGCACCCCAGCAAAGAGCACAGCAGCCGGCGGGGGCUUCUCCUUCGGGACCCCGGCCGCCGCCACCACCGCAUUUGGCAUGGGCACGGCUCCUCAGACCACAGCAGCAACAGCAGGGCUGGCUUUAGGCCCCCCAGCAGCUCCAGGUGCGGGGUCAGGGUUCGGUCUCAUGGGUAUGUCUGCACAGACCACCGCUGCUGCCCCUGGAGGUGGGGGAUUCUCCUUUGGGACUGUGCCUCAAACUCAACCCCAACCAGCAGCAGCACCACCACCAGCCGCAACAGCAGCAGCAACAUCUGCAGCAACAGCAGCAGCGGCAGCUGCAGCAGCAUCAACAGGAUCAGGUCUCUCCUUCGGAGGGUUCAGCUUUGGGUCAACUAAAGUCCAGGUGACCACUGCUGCCCCCCCUGCUGCUGCUGCUGCUGCCCCAGGAGGGGGCUUCAGCUUUGGCACCAGUGCUCCCUCCAACCUCACCUUGGGCAGCCAGCCCCAGCCAGCCUCCACCAUUGCUGCCACAGCAGGUCAGGGAGGAGGAUUUUCCUUCGGGAUUAAACCCUCAUCAACCCCGGCUCCUCCUGCAUCCACCCAAGCAGCCCCAGCUUCAGGCCCGUCUCUCUUCGCUUCACCCAUCGUUUCAGCUACUGCUCCCACUACUGCCCCUGCAACAGGUACAGGCUUUACUCUGGGUGCAGCUUUAACUGCGAGCACCAUCGCUGCAACAACCACAGCAGCUGCUGGAGGUCCGUCCUUUAUGCUCAAACCCCUGGGGGCAGCUACCACCACCUCUGCCCCUGCCCCUGCCGCCGCUGCCACAACUGCAGCUGCCACAACAGGCAUUGCUACAGGCAUCGCUACCGGCUUCACCCUGGGGCUCAGACCUGCAUCCAGUGCAGGUACCACGGCAACUGCUACAGCCACAACAAUCACUGCAACCGCUGCUCCUCCAGUGAUGACCUACGCCCAGCUGGAGGGUCUCAUUAACAAGUGGAGUCUUGAGCUUGAGGACCAGGAGAGACAUUUCUUACAGCAGGCGACUCAGGUGAACGCCUGGGACCGCAUGCUGGUGGAGAAUGGCGAGAAGAUCACGUGCCUGCACAAGGAGAUGGAGAAGGUGAAGCUGGACCAGAGGAGGCUAAACCAGGAGCUGGAUUUCAUCCUGUCCCAACAGAAGGAGCUGGAGGACUUGCUCUGCCCGCUUGAGGAGUCUGUGAAAGAGCAAAGUGGAACCAUCUACAUGCAGAACGCCGACGAGGAACGCGAGAGAACGUACAAGCUCGCUGAGAACGUGGACGCGCAGCUGAAGAGGAUGUCACAGGACCUGAAGGAGAUCAUCGAGCACCUGAACACGUCCAGCGGCCCAGCAGAUACCAGUGACCCGCUUCAGCAGAUCUGUAAAAUCCUCAACACCCACAUGGAUUCACUUCAGUGGAUCGAUCAGAACUCGGUUCUUCUGCAGAGGAGAGUCGAGGAAGUGUCCAAAUUGUGUGACAACCAGCGCAAAGAGCAGGAGAAAACCUUUCGCUUAACGUUUGACUGAUUGACUGAUCUGGAAUAAAUAACACUCCCAUGUAUAUUCACAUAAUGCUAACUUUGGAUUUAGGGUUUUUUGGUUCCAGUAGUCAGAAGGCGGGACGUCUGUGAAACGCUCCAGAUGUUUUGGAUACAUUCAUCACAACUCCUGUUGAGUUGCCCCCCCCCCCCAGCUGUUAGGGUUUCAUAAAGAGUGAUAUUUUCAAUUUAAUGGCUUUUAUAUAGAGUAGAGAAUGAAUGGUGAUCUGUUCCCAUGUAAAUCCUUUGCUUGUUCUAUAAUAGUAUGAUUAAAUAAAUCUCUUGAGUAAGA